AGCUCCCCACACACUUACCGGGCCGAGGACUGAUAAAGUGACUGAGCUGCUGUGUGCGGUCAGCAGAGAGACACCGUGACGAAGCUUUGAAUUCUUUAUUUAUUGUGUGUGUGGAGUAUUUAUUUCUGUGAGAGAUGAACGGAGUGACGAGAAGUCUGUGCACCUUUGAGGACAUCAGAAGUCAAGAAUAUGGGGAGGGGUGUAGGCGGCUGCGGCUCACACUUCACGACCAGAACCAGGCGGCGGCUCGGAGCACAGAGCAGCACAGGGACAAGCCAAUCGGACGAGCUUUUGCACUGGUGCAGCCAGCCAACGAGAGGACUGCUUUGACCUCUGAACCAGUCAAAUCCACAGAGGAGCAGGUAGAAAUCAUCAAGGUGUAUCUAGAGGCCCGCAAAAAAGAGCAGCAGAAACACCAAGAGAGCCUGAAGAUGCUGUCAGAUGAAGUUUCACAGAUACAGGAGGUGAGAUACUGCCUGAAGACUCUGAGGGAGCAGAUGGCAGCCAAAAACAAGCCGCACACAAAUGGGUGGAAGGUUGGAAUCCCCUUCAGAAAGAGCACUUCAUCCACUAAACCAGGAGCUAAAGAUGACGGGCAGGACGUGGAUGACGAAGCAGAGAGAAGCAAGCUGAGAGAAGUCAGUAAGCGCUUAUAUGCGCAGAUGCAGGAAGCAGAAAAGAAACACCUGGAGGAGAAAGAGAGACUGCAGGCUGAAGGCAGCAGGCUUAGAGAGCAUCUGAGUGACCAGGAGGAGAAGCUGAGGAGUACAGAAGAAGCCAAUGAGAAGAAAGACCAGCGCAUCGAUGAGCUCCAGAGGCUGCUGGGAGGAAUGGAGCAGGAGAGCGCCACGUUGCGGGAGGCCAUCCGCAACCGUGAAGAUGAACUGCGGGAACUGCGAAAGAUCAGAGAGGAGGGUCACAAAGGGGCGGAAAGGACUGAGCAGUUGGAGAAGGAGGUGGCCAUACUCAAAGAAAAGAUCCACCAUCUGGAUGACAUGCUGAAAAGCCAACAGAGGAAAGUCAGACACAUGAUCGAGCAGCUCCAGAACUCUCGCAUGGUGAUCCAGGAGCGGGACCGUGUGAUCAAAGAGCUGGAGGAGAAAGUGGCAUUUUUGGAGGCUGAGAACCGAGAAAUGCACGACCAGGUGGACUACUUUCUGGGAGGACAAAGGUCAAAUUCCUACCUUUCAUCAGAACGCAACGCCCAGAUUGUCUACAGCAAACCAAUCAAGCUGUCCACCUCAUCCAACAAACCGCUUCCUUUCAUCAAAGUCAUCGAGAUCAAGUCAUGAACCAGCUGGGCAGAUGAAUUAAUCAGUUACUGCUGAGAAGGGCUCAGAAGCACCAACUGCCUGUUCGAUGUCGACUGAAGUGAACGGUUCCGAUGUGCGUGCUGAACAUCAGACCACAACUACCAAACCAAACAAUAUUGAAGGAAAAAAGGGGGUGGGAGGGGUUUAUCAGCACACAUACAAACACACACACACACACACACUUGCGUGUCUGCGCAUAUGCAUAAAGAAUGUCCGCUUUAAUGUAGCUGCAUUAGAGAGAGCGAUGUGUGUCUAAGUUUACGUGUAGUACUGCAAACUGUAUGCAAGUGUUUUUGCUUGCCCUGCUUUAAGUUUCUAAUGAUGAUUAACUCAAAGAGCAGGGGGUAAUAAUUCCUAACAACAUUAUAAAAUUCACAUACAGCAAUGCAGCGCCAAUAAACUGUAGCUAACGCCACCGUCAGGACGCACGAUGUGAAGAAUCAUUAACACGUUUAUCUGAAUUGUGUCUUUGUCUUCGUUGCUGACUCCUCCGUGACUCCGCUCCCUUUCUGUGUGAGCGGUGUAAUGCUUUAGAGUGUAAAUACUGACUGUCGCCUCUAUAAGGGCGACACCCUGUGAUUAUUUUUAUGGGCUAUUUAUUUUUUUCUCUGAGCUGUUUGUAAGUAAAUAUAUGGUUGUCAAGCCUCCAACGAAAAGUAUGGCACUUUAUGAAACUGUGAGGAUGCGGAAAGAAAAAUGAAGAUGUUUGGGAAGUCAGACACGUGAGAGGCGUCCUUUUUCUUAAUAUUUCUUGUAAAGCAUUUCAGUCACUGUGCAGACAGUCACCUUCUUGUUGUACAUAUCAAUGUGAUUUUGAUGUUUUGAUUUCUACCUAACAGCUUUUUCCUCUAUAUUUAUUAAUGUUAAAUGAAAUGCCUAGAGACAUUGUUUAAUAGAGAAGCUUUUGUACGAAGUACCUGUUAAUCUGCUAUCUGUGUUUGUUUUAGAAUAAAAUCACUGAAAAUCAA